CGUAUUAUCACCGACUGCAUCACGACAUGUAUUUUCUUAUAAGCAAUAGCCGACUGAAUGAGCAAGUGGUGGAUAAAAUUGUUCUUCAGCUUAACAGAGUCUACCCCCAAAUUCUUACCGACACAGAAGCAGAAAAGUUCCGGAAUCCAAAGGCAUCGCUCCAUACUAGACUUUCAGAUCUGAUAAAGCACCUUCAAAAGAAAGGAGACAGACACUGUCAAGAGUUUUACAGGGCUCUACAAAUCAAUGCUGAACAGAUCUAUAAUGAUCUGCCAAGCAGGAAAGUCCUGAAAACCCCAGAUUCCGCAGGGAUAGACACUGACAAGGAGAAAUAUGUACUAAAUGACAGGGGUCCAGUGUUUUUCCUCGCUUGUUUUAGCGUUGCUGCCGGGUUCGCGUUGUUUUGGUAUUGCUGCAGCUCAGAUACGAAGGUCGUAGGAAGAGCCAGGAGAAUCUUGGGCUUUUCUCCUAUUAUCAUAGGAAGACACGUUAGAAAAAUUUGUAUGGUGUAUUUGGAAGACAUAUCAAGAAAUUAAGGAAAAGCCGCCUCUGCGCUUGUCUGUACAGUAAACCUGCCAAGGGAAGACAACGGUGCAUGAAUAUUAAUGUGCUAUACUCUCAUACCAAAGAUUUUAUUAACUAGCUUCAUCAAUAUUGUGUUGCCUCAAGAUGUAUUCAGAAUUUCAGCUCGUGUGCCCUUCCUUAUGGGAAGGGACCAUUUAUUUUUGUAAACGCUUAUUUUAAAGUAUUUAUCAUUUGG